AUGUCUUCUUUAAAGCCCAAGGGUAAGAAACCCAUAAUAAGUAUAGUAGGAACCACUGGUGUUGGAAAAUCUCAAUUUAGUAUAGACUUGGCGAAACGUAUCAAUGGAGAAAUCAUCAAUGCAGACUCGAUGCAAGUUUACAAAGGUUUGGAUAUUAUAACCAACAAGCACCCAGUUUUGGAGAGGGAAGGUGUUCCGCAUCACGUUAUUGAUUAUGUUGAUUGGACUGACGAGUAUUUCAUCCAUAAAUUCACGCAGGAUGCAAAUGCAGCAAUAGAGGAUAUACACAAACGAGAUAAAGUCCCCAUAGUAGUGGGUGGCACUCAUUAUUACUUGCAAUCGUUGCUAUUUAAAAACAAGACAAUGGAUAGCACUAAGGUUAAAGAGCGCGAGUUGACUGCUGAAGAAUUGAGUAUCCUAGACGGUCCAGUUGAUGAGUUGUUUAAGACACUUAAAGAUGUUGAUCCCAUUAUCGCGGAAAAAUUCCACCCGCAAGACCAAAGGAAACUACGACGUGCACUAGAGAUUUGGUACACCACUGGGCAAAAACCAUCAACAAUAUACCACGAACAGAAAAUUGGUGAGUUGGAAGAGAGCUCAUUAAAGUACAAUACAAUUGUAUUUUGGCUCUAUUCCGAGAUGACCGAGUUGAGUAAACGAUUAGAUCUGCGUGUCGACACAAUGAUGCAAACCGGCGCAGUAGACGAAAUCAACAAUCUUUACAGUAGCUACAAAGCCAGGGGGGCCGAUUGCACCUCGGGAAUAUAUCAAGUAAUUGGAUUUAAAGAGUUUCUUCCUUGGCUCGAGGAAUCAUCAUCAUCAUCAUCAUCAUCAUCAUCAUCAUCAUCAUCAUCAUCAUCAUCAUCAUCAUCAUCAUCGUUGGCUGAUAAACAAGGAGCAGUAGCAAAGGAAGAACGUAUGAAAACAAAAGCAUUUGACUCUGGAGUUGACAGAAUGAAAAUCCGAACCCGUCAGUAUGCAAAGUAUCAAGUAAAAUGGAUACAAAAGACAUUGAGUUUGGAGCUCGAAAAAGAAGCAAAAUUUAAUUACGAAAAUGGCGGACAACUAUGUAUACUCGAUGCAACUGAUUUAUCACAGUGGGAUACGAGUGUGCGCAAUCGAGGACUAGAGAUAGCUUUGAAAUUUUUAAGUGGUAAUAAUGAUUUUGAAAUGGUACCCGAGAAGUUACAGGAUUUAUUAGCAAACGAUGCUAAACAUGCAAAGAGUAAUAAAAAUCUCAAUGCCAACACCAAAUGGAAGCACUUCACUUGUGAACUUUGUACAGCUAAAAAUGGCCAACCAUUAGUUGCUGUGGGCGAAGAAUUGUGGAUCGAACAUCUUAAUAGUCGGCGCCAUAGAAGGGCUAUUGCUGCUUCAAAGAAACGUGGCCACAUUGAAGAAAUGAUCAAGUUGAAGGAAGCGAAAAAGAGGGAUUUGGAACUAGAAUAG